AUCAUAUGAUAGGGAGUCGAGCCCCGCCGCAGAAUACCGAUACAGCGGGCGGACGAGCGGAGGAGUCGGGGCGGAGGAGAGUUGAUGGUAAAUUUUUAAGCCGCUAAAGAAGUACGUGGAGUCGGUUAAAGUGCUUGCCUGUUGCACAACUCCCGCAAAAGGAACUUCUUUUCCAACUCCGGACAGAGCCGGGCAGAGGGGGGAACCGAGAGGGCGCACACACGAAAGGUUUAACCGAGGGAAAGUCGAAUUAACCGGAGCUGAGAUUUAUUUGACUUUUCCAUCAGACACAGAGGCGGUCAGCGGGUCGCAGCCGGUGGAAACCCCCGGGGGUCCUCGCACUACUUUUGCUUGGACUGUUUUUAAGUUGUUGUUGUUGUGUUUUUUUUUUUUUUUUUUUCUUUUUUUUUUUUUUUCCAGUUUUAUUUUAUUUUAUUUCUUUUUAGCUCUCACUUUACUGUUGAAGAAGAAGAGGAAGAAGUAGAAACCAUGGUUGGGGAGACAGAGGUGAAGGAGAGACCCAAGUCCAACCCGGACUAUCUAAUGCAGCUGAUGAACGACAGGAAGGUGAUGAGCUCCCUCCCCAACUUCAGCGGCAUCUUUACGCAUCUGGAGCGGCUGUUGGAUGAAGAAAUUGGCAGGGUACGCAAGGACAUGUACAAUGACACACUGAAUGGAGGCAUGUUCAACGGGCGGGACAUGGAGGAGCUUCCUGAAGCCAUCGGUCCUGUGGCUCAGCUGCAGGAGAAGCUCUACGUACCGGUCAAAGAAUACCCCGAUUUUAACUUUGUCGGGAGGAUUCUGGGCCCUCGUGGACUGACAGCCAAACAACUGGAGGCAGAGACCGGCUGCAAGAUUAUGGUUCGAGGCAAGGGCUCCAUGAGGGACAAAAAGAAGGAGGAGAUGAACAGAGGGAAGCCUAACUGGGAGCACCUCAGCGAGGACCUCCACGUACUGAUCACAGUGGAGGACACACACAACCGGGCGAAGAUCAAACUCCAGCGGGCCAUCACCGAAGUCAAGAAACUUCUAGUGCCCGCUGCGGAGGGGGAGGACAACCUCAAGAAAAUGCAGUUGAUGGAGUUGGCCAUCCUCAAUGGAACCUACAGAGACGCCAAUGUCAAGACGCCCACCGCCGCCUUCCCUCUAGCGACCCCUCAGGCACCUCGAAUCAUCACAGGCCCCACGCCCGUCCUGCCUCCUACCCUGCGUAACCUGCCCCUCACCACGCCGACCAUCAUGCCUCUGAUUCGUCAGAUCCAGAGCUCCACCCUCGUGCCGGGAGGCAAUCCACACCCGGCACUGGUUCAGCAAGGGCCCGAAUCUGGGAUUAUCUACACACCCUACGAGUAUCCCUACACGCUCACACCCUCCAUAUUGGAAUAUCCCAUCGACUCAACUGGAGUAUUAGUCCCCUCUCCGUUUGUUUUCACAGCAGGUGCCAUGACCACUAAGGUACGACGCCACGACAAGAGAAUCCAUCCUUACCAAAGGGUAGUGACCACAGACAGAGCUGCCACGGCAACUAACCCAUGACCCCUUGACCUUCUGACCUUUCCGCCCACUGAUGACCCACCCAUCUCUGCCCCUGCUGGCGUGCUCAUUGGCAACGGCCCCCCCCGACACUUCCCCCAGCUCAGCCAACCAGAGACCAGCACAUUGGGAACAACCCUGGGCUGCUUCUGUCUAACCAACCAACCAGAUGACAGCGAUCACAGGAAUAAACCUCAGGAUCCCUGCCCAUCACAGAGUCCUAACUUUUACCAGACGUGCCUUCUUUUUCUUAAAGCUCCAAAGUUAGGCUGAAAAACGUUGUUUAUUCCGAUUUGACAGUCAGAGCCCUAAUCCUUUAUGCCCCGUACAGGUGAAGGGCUCCCAAUCAGUUUGUGACUGUGCCAAACGUCUCUCUGAGCUGCCCCACCCUCAGUCAUAUGAUGCAAUAAUAAUGAUGCUAAUAUUAGCAUGGUAACAAUACUGAUUAUAAACGUACUUAUCCAGCACACAAACCUUCCAUAAACACUAAACUACAAGCAACAUCUUGAUAAUUUUAAUCAUUUUUCCUCACUGUGCACCUUUCAUGUCAUCUACAAAACUUUUCCACACAAGUAGGUUUAAGAUAACGUUUGUAGCAUUCCUCUCUCAUUCAUCAACCCCAAAACAUGCUAAAUGUAGCCCUAUAGACCAUGAAAUUCAGUGACGCACCCAAUUUAACUUUGUUUAUUCUCAUGUAGAAUGAGUCAGACUCUGAAAAAAGUUUUAUCUUUGCAACAGCGUGCAACCACAGAAAUAAUUAGACCAGAUGUCUCCAGUCUUAUGUAUUCAUCUGUCAUAAAUAAAAGUCAUCAAGACCAAAAUUGUGGGAGCCAAAUGGUAACAGAACUUGUCACUUAAAUACUGUCAAUGAUACACAGCAGGCAGCAGCACUUCCUUAAAAUGAAAGUCGAGAAUUCACUGUGGAUCCUCUGAAAAAAAAGGAAAAAAAAAAAAAAGAAUGUGAAACCCACAGCUGAUCGAGCCCCUUUUUGUCCGUAAGGUUGUUAAACUUUUCAACCCGCAGCUGUUUUCCAGCAAUGACAAUGUCCACUUCCUGUCAUGUGUGAGGUGCCAAAUAUCUCUUGGAUAUCAGGGCUCUCCUAUAACGCUCAUGUCAUAUCUGAGUGAAUCUAAAACGAACACACAUGUCCAAAAAUCACUGAAACAUAUCACACCUUUAAGAAACCAGACGGCUUUUAUAAUGAUAAUGUUUUGACUUUAAUGGGUUUAACUGAUGUUAACAUACACCUGCUGAAAUGUAACACGAAUAACUUCCAAAGAUAUGUUUUAAAUGCCACAUUUCACUUUUUAAAAAUGGUUUCGCAGCAUGAUUUCUUUUUCUCCUUGACUCACUCUGAUGUUCUGUUAAGUGAAAUGCCAAUGAAGAACCUUUUUCCCCACAAAGUGACAGGUGCCCGGUGAGGAAAAUAACCACCCGAAAUCCAAAAUGCCAAAGUAUCUCUGAGUUUUUUCUAAAACGGUGAAGCAUCUCGAUACUUGGCACGUAACCCUCUGAGUCGACAUAUAUAUAUAUAAAUGCCAAGUCUACACACAGACAGCGAAGGUUGCACUCCUUUUGUGUAAAUGUAGAGGACUGACACAACAAUGCCUUGCCUUUAUCACACUACAGUAUUGUAUGUGCUUGAACAACAGUGCCUUUAUUUAUUGAAAGCAGUGGAUUAAUGUUACACCUAAAUCUUUUUACAACUACAUCACGGGCUUGUGCCCAAGCAUGAAAUUUCAGUUUAUGCAGAUUAAUUAGGCCUGCAGAGAGAGGAAAUGCACUGCAGCCUGAUUGUCAGCUACACUUUUAUGGCUUUACAUCUAUAAUCUCUUCUCAAUUCAGACUUCAGUGCCAAAAAAAGUGGCAAAUUUUUGUCUUUUAAUUGGAAGUGUGAUGCAGUAUUGAGAGCUCCAGCUAAAUAUGUCUGAGAUGUUCAUGUGAGGUCUCACGAGGCCUCGGAAGAGCAGUGUUAUAUUAUUUUAUCUCUUUUUGUUUGGUUCUUUGUGUUUGUUUGUUUGAGGAAUUUGUCCAUGGUAUAUUUUUGCAUGUGUAUCCGCUUUUUUUUUUUUUUCCAGAGCACAUACAGUGAAUCUCUGAAGAGUUACUUUUUGUAUGAUAGAGAGAUCCAUGGUUACACAUAAACACAAACCAACUGAUGCCUUCAUAAAAAAAACAUAACAUCUGUAACAAGUUUAUAAUGUAUUUUUAUAUUCUAUUUUGUACGUGAAAAUAACAUUAAAUGACCUUUUCAGAUAAGAACAUUUAUGCCUUAUUAUGGGGAAUAAUUUGAUGAUUUCAUGUCCAUUAGUAAUCAUGUCACAUGUCCUGAUAACCUGGAGUCUCUGAUGUUUUCUGUAUUAACUUGAGCCUUUGAGAUACAGUAAGCAUUGCUUGCCUUCUGUGCCUUUUGUAUAUGAGUGUGACAAUUAACAGUGUAGUACAACAUUAAUCUACUCUUCAAGUGUAGGUUACUAACGUCUGUGAUUAUUAACAACUUUAAUGGUAUCUGUCUGCUUUUGAUCCUUUUAAAUAUACAUGUGUGUCUAAAAAAAAUGAAAGAACGAUAUAUGUUGAACAAUGAACUUUUAACUUUUAAAAAGGUAUUCUGAGCAAGAAUAACUCUUUGUACUGGAAGGCAUUUUAGCACACUAUUAAACUCAUAGUUGUAAAACUAA